AUGAGCACUGCAACUCAAAACGGGUCCGCAAGUGGUGCCGGAGGCUCAUCCUUCCUGAACAAUGAGACAUACGUGCUACCGUUCCCAUUGGCCGAGCCCAAUUCGUACUUGCCGGCAGAUAUCCACCAGAGCACGGAGACGGUCAAUUCGCUGUUCUUUGUCAACGACCAGAGCAAGCUGAAGAAGUUGGGGUCUGGUGGUGGUGCCAUGGUGUUUGGCGCCCAGCAGAAGGCCACACACAAGUGGUUUGCGAUUAAAAAGCUCUAUUUGCUGAAGCAUGAGACUCCAGACCAUUUCUACCAUCGCGCAGCCCGAGAGUUUAUUAUCGGACAGGGACUAAGCGGACACAGACAUAUCAUUGGGACUUAUGCACUAUUGAAAGUCCAGACAUAUACAACGAUCCAGCGUGGAUGGGCGAUCUGCCUGGAGUUUUGCAAGCACGGCGAUCUGUAUGACUUCAUAAAGACCAACCAUUACAAGAGCAGUGGCUUGAACGAGAAGUUCUGUUUCUUCAAGCAGAUAGCGUACGGGUUGAAGUUUAUGCAAGACUGUGGUAUUUCACAUCGUGAUAUGAAGCCCGAGAACAUUUUGAUUGAUCAAGAUGCUUGUCUGAAGAUCACCGAUUUUGGUAUUGCUGACUACGCCCACGAGGAUCCGAACGAUUUGUCCUCGCCGCUGAAAGAGUGCAAGACAUUUGUCGGAUCACCUCCAUAUGUCCCUCCGGAGGCUAUGGACCUGAAGGAUCCAACCAAGAAGUCGUCGUAUAUUAUGUUUGAUCAGGAUAACUGGGCGCUGGGUAUGAUUCUGUUCGUGCUUAUAUAUGGCUCUCAACCUUUCCUUUCUGCAUCAAACACCGACGCCAUGUAUCGUGAUUGGACCGUGUCGUACGCUACACUGUGUAACUCAACACCGGCUUUCAGAACCGCCGACAGAUCCCAUGGCCCUGGGUAUGAGUUCAAAUGGGCUAAGGAGUUUAAGAGUACUGGCGCAGCAAGGGUUGCUUGGAGACUGUUGGACCCA